AUUAUAACUCUUUUAAUCAAAGUUACCCAUCAAAUUACGAAAAUUCCACUUCUAAUCAAAACCGAGUCUAUACAGUUCGUCCAGUAUCAAUUAAGCAUCUCUUAAGCAGUGAACUGAGGCAUCCUGACGGCGAGCGAAUACUCGAUGGAAAACCUCUGGAGAUUGUAACAUUCGUCGCCAGAAUUAAUGAUAUUCCACGAACCGCUGAUUCAGAAAACAUUGUAGUUGAAGACGGUAGUGGUUCCAUCCAAAUUCCUUAUCCGAAGAACACAGCCACCAGCAAAAUCGA